UCAAACCGUAAUCCAUCCAUUGUUCCUUCUCCGUUGGUGGUAGACAAAAUCAACGUCAAUCUCCAUGGCCUCGAUUCACCAUGAAAAUAGCAGCAGCAGGAAAGAAAACCUAACACACAGCAAUACCAACAAGUUUACUUUUUUUGUGCAAUCCGCCUCCUCCAAUUUAUUUUCUCUAUUUACCCUUAACAAUAAAAACAAGAGCUACAGUGCUACGACGAUGACGACGACAACAGCUUCAGCUUCACGCUGUGACGACUCAUCACGUCCAUUCUCGACUUCCUCUGCCAUAUGCGUGCCAUUCCUGUUUGCAAAUUCUCUACCGCCACCAUUACCUUCUCCUUCUAUCGCAGCUGUCUGCUCCUCCUCACCGCAUUCGAACGAGAGCAAUUCCUUCUCUUCGGCUUCGGCAAUGAAGGGCAUGUCUUCUGGUGCUUCGAGGUUCCCUUCCACUGUCAGGAUUGCCGGUCUCAGUUCAACUCCAAAGCGCGGUGGUCCUGCCUUUGUAGGCCAGGUCUUCAGCAUGUGUGACCUUUCUGGCACCGGUCUCAUGGCAGUCUCUACUCGAAUUGAAAUUCCUUUCCUUUCCCAAAGAACACCAGAAUGGAUGAAGAAAAUCUUUGCCAUGUUUACCAAGAGUGGGAAGAAUGGUCCUGUAUUUCGCUUUUUCCUGGAUUUAGGUGAUGCAGUUGCAUAUGUUAAACGGCUGAACAUUCCAACUGGUGUGGUUGGUGCUUGUCGUCUUGAUUUAGCAUAUGAACAUUUCAAGGAAAAGCCCCAUAUGUUCCAAUUUGUUCCAAAUGAAAGACAGGUUAAGGCAGCCAAUAAGCUCCUUAAAACAAUUCCACAGAGCAAUGGAAGGAGGAAAGUACAUGGUGUUCCUGUUUUCACUGCUCAAAACUUAGACAUUGCAAUAGCCACAAAUGAUGGAAUUAAGUGGUAUACACCAUAUUUCUUUGAUAAAAACAUCCUAGACAACAUUCUUCAAGAAUCUGUUGACCAGCAUUUCCAUACAUUGAUUCAGAAUCGGCAUGUUCAGCGACGACAGGAUGUGAUUGAUGACAAUCUGGCUUCAGAAAUAGCUGAAGAGAAUGCCGAGAGCCCAUGGGAGCCUCCAGAGGUUCAAGAAGUACUGGAUGAGAUGGGCCAUCCUGGAAUUCCUCUGAAUGUUAUAUCAAAAGCUGCUGAAAUGCAGCUCCUUCAUACCGUUGACAAGGUACUCCUGGGGAAUAGAUGGUUACGGAAAGCUACUGGGAUUCAGCCACAGUUUCCUUAUAUGGUUGAUUCUUUUGAGGAAAGGAGUGCAGCUUCUGUUCAGAGGGCUGCAGAGUCUGCUUGCUCUAUUUCCAAUUCAAAAGGAGAAUGUGUUAAUGAUAGACAUGAAUGGCAACCUAGGAAUGGCCUCGAAUUGAAGGAGAGAGACCAAGCGGUUCAAGGACAGAGAACACACACAGAUUUUUGGUUUCCAUUUAGUGAUUGGUUUGCAAAUCCAUGGUCAAAAAAUGAGCAAAACCCAAAUAAGGAAAACAAGCCCAAGACGAGAAAGGAGGGCUCAAGUAAAGGAUGCAUGAAGCAAGAGCCAAAGCCUCUGAAUCCACUUCUUCCAAAGAUUACAAUGGUUGGAAUCUCAACUGGAGAGGGAGGGCAGAUGAACAGAGCCAGUUUAAAGAAGAUGAUGGAAGAUCUGACACGGGAGUUGGAACAGACAGGUCAGAGAAGUGGUAGCACCGAACCUUGUAAUGAAGAUAGGGAUCCCCUUUUCGUAGCAAAUGUUGGUGAUUACUACUCCAGCAUGGCUAAAACAGGCUCUGCCAGAUGGGUUCGCUCUGGGAAUAGUUGAUGUGCUAUUCAUUCAUGCUAGCUUGAAUUGAAGUGUCUAUAGUCUAUACCUUCAAUGAGGGGCGGAAGAAGUCUUCGCUGGAUUCAACUCUCCCAAGUCUCUCUCAGAAGAGCAGCAAAGAGGUGUGGAUAUCGAUCUGUUAUGUGACUUUACGAGUUAGGCCACCCAAUCAAUGUCAGAAGAAGAAAAGUAUGUCUCUCUCUAGCUCUGUGUUUCAUUAUAAUAAUAAUAUUAUUAUUAUCAUUAUCUUAGAAUAAAUAAAUACAAGGAAGCUGUAGUAAUAGAUUAGACACGCCUUGUGGCUCUGCUGUGGGCACGUCGGCGGAGCACUUCCCCAGUUGUUGUAAAGCCAAAGUCAGAACAUCAUGGAGGAGAAUGAUUGCCGAUAAAAGCAAGAAAGAGGGAGAGUUAUGGGCCAACCACUAAGCAAAACCAGAAUGUAGGAUUUCAGAGUUAUGGGUCAAGGUUUCCUGUUUCCUAACCAUCUCAUCUAUUGCUUUGUCAUUUGACGGUUGAUAAAAAGUAAAAACUGUUGAGCGCUCAAUAGUCUGCCGUCUGAUCAGGUCGAUAUUUCUCCCUUCUGUAGAUCCGUAGCCAUGAUUGGUUCAUUAAAAUGGUGGGGUAUCUUAUCCCUUCAUUUAUUGCUUUGCCACGUGGAAAGUUUUAUGUAACAACGUUGUCAACUUACUAUAGAUGGAUGGAUUAUAGUUUUCUUUCCAUUCUUCA